GCAUUGCCAACAGGCCUUGGAAAAACGCUUAUUGCUGCUGUUGUAAUUUAUAACUACUUCAGAUGGUUUCCAGAUGGGAAGAUAGUUUUUGCUGCUCCUUCUCGACCGCUUGUCAUGCAGCAAAUAGAAGCAUGCCAUAAUAUUGUUGGAAUUCCGCAAGAAUGGACAAUUGAUAUGACAGGUCAGAUCAGUCCGACAAGAAGAGCAAGUUUUUGGAAGACUAAACGAGUUUUCUUUGUUACUCCACAAGUUCUGGAGAAGGAUAUUCAAUCUGGCACAUGUUUGGCAAAGUACCUGGUAUGUUUAGUGAUUGAUGAGGCUCAUCGAGCAUUGGGAAAUUAUUCCUAUUGUGUGGCAGUCCGCGAGUUAAUGGCAAUGCCAGUGCACCUGAGGGUAUUAGCUUUGACUGCCACACCAGGAUCAAAGCAGCCUGCUAUCCAGAAAAUAAUUGACAACUUAUACAUAUCAACACUUGAAUAUCGCAAUGAAAGUGACCCCGAUGUUAGCCCAUAUGUUCACAACCGAAAGAUAGAACUGAUUGAGGUUCCACUGGGGCAAGAUGCAGCUGAGGUAAAUAAUCGGUUGUUAGAAGUAAUUCGUCCUUACGUGGCCAGGCUUCAUGCGGUUGGACUUAUUCAGAACAGGGACUAUCAGACUUUAAGUCCGGUUGAUUUACUUAAUUCAAGGGAUAAAUUUCGUCAAGCACCUCCCCCAGAUCUUCCACAUGUAAAGCAUGGAGAAGUUGAAGCAUCCUUUGCAGUUCUUAUCACACUUUACCACAUUCGUAAGCUACUUUCAAGCCAUGGAAUAAGACCUGCAUAUGAGAUGCUGGAGGAAAAGUUGCGACAAGGGCCAUUUUCAAGAUUGAUGCGUAAAAAUGAAGACAUAAUGAAUGCAAAGCUUUUAAUGCAACGGAGUUUGUCUCAUGGCGCACCAAGUCCGAAAUUGUCAAAAAUGUUAGAAGUACUGGUUGACCAUUUCCAAACGAAGGAUCCACAAAACUCCAGGGUGAUUAUCUUCUCAAAUUUUAGAGGCAGUGUCAGGGACAUAAUGAAUGCACUAGCAAGUAUUGGAGAUUUAGUCAAAGCAACAGAGUUUAUUGGUCAAAGCUCAGGGAAAGCAUUGAAAGGCCAGUCUCAAAAAGUUCAACAGGCAGUUUUGGAGAAAUUUCGAGCUGGUGGGUACAAUGUUAUUGUCGCCACAUCAAUUGGUGAAGAAGGCCUGGAUAUCAUGGAAGUUGAUCUUGUAAUAUGUUUUGAUGCUAAUGUUUCACCUUUGAGGAUGAUUCAGCGGAUGGGGAGAACCGGAAGGAAGCAUGAGGGACAAGUUGUAGUUCUUGCUUGUCAAGGGUCAGAGCUAAAGGGUUAUAUGCGAAAGCAAGCUAACAGCCGGUCUAUAAAUAAACACAUGCAAAAUGGUGGAAUGAAUAGCUUCAAUUUCCAUUCCAGUCCAAGGAUGGUUCCUCACAUUUUCAAACCAGAAGUUCAAUUUGUUGAGCUGUCAAUUGAACAAUUUGUUCCCCGUGGAAAAAAAUUAAAAGAAGAUCACACUGUUGAGACACCUCCAUUUAGGGAAAAACUGUCUGUUGCAGAGUCUGAUUUAAUUGCCAAGUAUUUCCAUUCUACCAGUGAGAGCACUUGGAGACCUUCACUGAUUGCCUUCCCUAACUUUCAAGCCUUUCCCUCCAAAGUAUAUAAAGUAAUGCAUUCUUGUAGAACAGAGAUGCUGAUAGAUUCCAUGCAAUAUUUGCAAGGUUUAACCUUUCCAGGAGGCAAUGGGAAUUUCUUUGUUGAGGCUGAAGUCUCUUCAGGUGAUUGCUUCGGAGUUGGCAUCGUUGAGCAACAUGACAGUAGCAGCAAAGAUUUGCUAGUUUUGGAUAAUUCUCCAGUUGCCAAUGCUCAAUUAGGAGUAACAGAUUCUGCAGAAUUGCCUAUGAGGACUAUAAGAACUAAGGAGAAGUAUGAUGAGCCAAAUUCUGGAUGCAAAAGUCCCCAAGAGCACUCCUACCUUUUUGGUUCUGAUUUUGUAUCUGUUGAUGCUUUGGGAAAGGUCCUAAUUAUAUCUGUUCCUUCACUUUAUUUCGAAGAUGUAAUGCAUUCUAAGCAUGUAAGUCCUAGUACUAAAGAGUUGCAAAAUUGUUUGAAUCAAGAGACAUACCAUGUGAAGACUCCAGAUGGAAUUAUGCAAACUGAAGCUGUUCCAAAUGUAACAACUUCUCAGACAAAAAGCACGAAAGAUGAUACUCUACCAACACCUAGAUUUUGUGAAACUGAUUCUGAAAAAGAGAAAAUGCUGGAUGGAGUAGAAAAAAUUCCUGGGACUCCAGGUGGCACUUGUGAAACACCUGAUAUUGAGGAAAUCAAGGCACUGCCACCACUGGCUGAUGAACAUUGCCGUGAUCUCCAAGAUACUGAACUUAGUCCCCGUCUAACUAAUUUGAUCAAAAUCGGUGUUGUUCCAGAGUCUCCUAUAACUGAUAGUGGGAUUUUAAAGCACAAAAUAAGAAAUGAAUCUUUAAUUCCAGACCUAGCAUCACCUGCCAAAUUGGGCACUGAACUGCUAUUGAGAUCAUCAAGUCCAGUGGAAAAUGAAAGGGGCAUUAUGGACAAUAGCCCCUAUGGAAGAAAUGUCUCUGUUAUGAAAGACGAAAUGACACCUCUAGUUAAGAUGAACCCUGUUUCUAGUACAAAACAUAGCCCUUCUUCUCCACUUGCGGAAACAAAAACUCCCUUGGCACACCUUACAAACAGUAGUGGUAGCAAAAGUUGGCGCUUAAAUUCUGGAGAGGUUGCUACAGUCGAGCAUGUCCAGAAGUUUAAAAGGUUGCGCAAAGUUGGGAAUUGUGGAAAAGCUAGGAGCUCAAAAAGCAUGAAGGAAAAUUCUAUUGUCUCGGUAGCAAACCUUGCCAAAUCCUUUUCUGGUGCCAGUCCUAUUCGAACAAAGCAUGGCAGAGGUAAAAAGAAGCCAGAGAAUGAUGUCAGAACAUUCAUUGAUGAGGAAGCCGAGGUAUCUACAGAAGCUGAAAUAUCUGCUGAAGAAGAAGAUGAUGACAAUGAAUCGUAUGAUGAUAGUUUCAUAGAUGACAGGAUAAAUCCUACUGCUGGCAGUAACCAGACUGAAUGUGGUAGAGUUGACAUGAUGGCAAUUUACAGGCGUUCUUUGCUAAGCCAAUCACCAAUGGUGAUGCAGUCAACUUCUUUUAGCCCUGACUGUGUAGCUUCCACGAGCAAAGACAAUGGAAGUGGGUGUUCCUCGGGCAAGAUGUUUAAUUCUCUCCAGGUACCUCAACUUGAGUCCAUAAAUCAGCCUGCAAGGAAGUAUACAGAGUCAUUCCAAAUGGAAGAGAGGAUCUCCUCAGAAUCCAUGCCUUUUGGAACUAAUGAUUUUGCAAUAGAAAAUAAGAGUAUGCAAAGUAGGAAGAGAAAGCUGAGUUUCUUCCAAUUGGAGACUAUUCCUGCAAUUAACUUAGACCAAGAAUUCUCUUUAGAAUCUGAGGUUGGAGGCAAAGAAUCAAGUAAGGCUUCUCAGCAGCCCCAAGUGGACAAAAUCACUGUGAAUGAGAAUGAGUUUGAUGAUGAUGAUGAUCAAUUUUAUGCUAGUCUUGAUCUUGAUGCUGUUGAGGCACAAGCUACCUUGCUUCUCAAACACCAGUCAGAGCCACCAAUAGAGAAGCAAGAGAAAAUUGUUCCACCAAACCUUCAGAAUGGUGGGCUUCAGGGUUCUCCAUCAUUUGAUCUAGGGAUAUGGUAAUUGAGGCAAAACCCCUGUGAAACUGCUGCUAGAAUAUAUCAGUACAUGGAAAUAAUUUGUUGUAGCCACUUAGAAGUUAGAUUAGAAUUAUUUUGGGGUCAGGAUAUAGGAAGAUGUAGUGGGAUAUCUGGGCAAUUGUAUAAAAUUUAAUCAAUUGUAUAGUUUGUAGAGAGCUCCAUGUCUAGAGAAACCAAUGUAUUUAUGUACAGGUGAUGCUGUCCUCUAUUAAAUUUGUUCAGAAAAAACAUUGGUAGAACCAAGAAUAGCAUAUUUAUAAUGUAAAUUUCAUGGCUGAGCAUUUCUACUCUUCCAGUUUUUGACAGUGCCCAAACUCCCAGUCUCCAUUUGUUUUAAUUGGUGUGUUCGACUCUGCUACUGUUGCAGCUU